AUGAUAUUUAAACGCUUUUUGUCAGUUUCCCCAAUUGCUCUUGAAGCAGCAGUCAAGCCAAAGAGACCACCAACUGCAUUCUCUUACUAUUUCAGCCAAGUGCACGAUCAUAUUUGCGCAUCACACAAUGUUUCCAACCCUGGCGCUAUGAAGAUUGCAGGGAAACAGUGGAGGUCACUAUCAGAAAGUGAGAAACAGAAAUAUGUUGAUGCUUUGAAACCUCUCCGGGAAAAGUACAGCGCUGCAUAUGAAGCUUAUGCCAAGACCUUGCCACCAAAGAAGCCCGCUACUUCGUUCGGUUCGUUCUUGAAGGAGAAGAGUCCUCAAUUGAGAACUGAAAAUCCAGGGUUGUCCCAAAUUGAGAUUUUGAAACUGGCAAGUUCUAAAUGGAAAUCUUUGGAUGCCUCCACUAAGGAACAAUACCAGAAUAAAUACAGAGAAGAUCUUGCUGAAUACAGAAAAGUUAUGGGGCAACAAUCUGCUUAA